AUGCCUCUCUGCAAUGACUCCUCCCGCAACCUUGCCGUGGCCGUUGCUCUCCUUUUUGCCGGUGUCCUAUAUUUCAGCUUCUCCACACGUUCGAUUUCCGAUCCUAUCUCCGAUCUCUUACACAAUACCAACACUCCUCAGCAAGUGUGGUUACAGAAAACUAUAGAGUUUCCACAGGACGAGCUUGAGGCAGUAUUGGAGAGUGCGGCCGCAGGAAACAACAAUACGGUGAUAAUAGCGCUUGUGAACAGAGCGUACGUCGUGGAGGUUGGAGAAGGGAGGACGAUGCUAGAUCUGUUCCUGGAGAGUUUCUGGGAAGGAGAAGGGACUUUGCCGCUUCUAGACCAUUUGGUGCUGGUGGCAACAGAUCAUACGGCCUAUGAUCGCUGCCGCUUCAAGAGGCUCCAUUGCUACAAGAUGGAUAUUAAAGGUGUUGACUUGGAGGGGGAGAAAGUGUACAUGUCAGCUGAUUUCAUUGAGAUGAUGUGGCUUAGGACUCACUUUCUCCUCGAUGUCCUCCGCCACGGCUACCAUAUUCUUUUCACGGACACGGACGUGUUGUGGCUAAGGACCCCCUUCUCCCGGCUAAGCAACAACGGGAGCUUGGAUAUGCAGAUAAGCGUUGACCAAAACAACGUGGAAGCUGGACACGCCAUCAACACUGGAUUCUUCCACGUCCGGUCCAACAACAAGACUUUCUCCCUCUUCAAUAAAUGGUACGAUAUGAGGCUCAAUUCGCCGGGCAUGAAGGAGCAAGACGUCCUCCAGAAGCUCCUCGACACGGGUUUCUUCAAUCAGCUCGGUCUCAACGUUAACUUCCUCAACACCACUGAAUUCAGCGGCUUCUGCCAAGACAGCACUGACAUGGGCGUCGUCACCACUGUACAUGCCAACUGCUGCCGCCACAUUCCCGCAAAGGUCUUUGAUCUCACUCUUGUUCUCAGCGACUGGAAAAGCUACAAGACCUCCCAUGUCAACAACAAGUGGAGCCCUCAUCAUAAAUGUGGGGGUUCAUGGAAAGACAACGACUAUGUCCCCAAGCCAUGAUCCUCUUGUAAUGCUAAUGAGAUUGCCAUAUAUCUUACAUACUAACAUAAUUAAUUUAGAGUUUUAUUAUACUCAUAAGCCUCUCAAGAU